AUGAAGUCUUCCCUGCUCAAGAAGAGGAAGCUUUCAAUGCAAGCUAAUCCUCCCGAACAAGAGAAAGAGAACUCUGAAAAAUCCUCCGCAAAGAAACUCGGAAAGGUCGAAAGCUUCCAUUUACCCAGUAGUCCAGAGGAAUGGCAGGACCUUGUGGAGAACGCGAAAUUGGAAGCGUUAACCAUCAAGACCUUGCCGACUGAGAUGUUCGGCUCAGCUUCCCAAGCGUCUGAUAAACAAUAUCUGAUGCUACGCUGUUAUUCGCCUAAAAUCGUACACCCCACUCACUUCAGCAAUCACAUGAGCAAGUUCGGAUUCUGUAAGAACAUGUUGAGGGAUGCAACAAGCCUACUUGAUCAAUCCCGAGACUGGGCUGGAUACAUUCGGACUCUUCAAGAACACAUCUCUAUCCGGGAAUUGAGGGAAUCACAUGCUCACCUUUGGCCGGGAUCAUUCAUGGCUGCUAAGCGGCUGCAAGAGCAGACAGCCACGGUACAGGGAACGCACGAUCUAUACAGUCACGCCAACAAUCAGAAGUCCGAAAAGUGCCGAGAUGCGGAGGAUGAAGCAACGCCAAAUGCGGCGCUUAUUGUUCUGCUUCAGGAAAUCACGCACAUAGUAGAACGAACAGACUUUGAGUGGGUGCUAAACAGAGCUGGAUUUCUUGCCGAUUUUGGCGAUGGGCGACGAUAUCGCGCCUUCACAGAUGGAGUGCUGCGUUCUACAAGUGAUUUUAAAGUCUUCUCCAUCACUGAAGUCAAGAAGGCUCUUCGGUCGCACCAUGUCAUUAUUCAAGAAGCUUGCGAAAUAGCAGCCUUGAUGAUGACGUCUCCGGAAUCAGCGGUUUUCGAAGACCACUUUUUGCUUAUAUCUCAAGACCGGCACCAAAUUUUCUUGACCUUUGCUAAAUAUGAAAAGGAGCUUGAGAAUUAUUACAGGAAUAAUGAAGCCUGUGAUAAGUUUCUCAUUCUGGAAACAUUUGGCCCAUAUGAUGCUGAAGAUCCCGGUUGCGUUGUCGAAAUUGCAAAAGUCAUCAUUGCUGCAAUCUGGAUUGUAAAAAGAAGCCUUUCGAGUGGGGCGGUUUUACAGAAUCAGACAUGA